AUGACAUGCUUCAACAAACCAAAAAACCAGGAUUCAAGAAAUCCACCUUCAAAAUUUUACAGGUACUUUUCGCAAUGUUAUCAUUAUUUUAUGUUUGUCGCGUCAUUAAUAACGACGAUUUUCUUAAUUUCUAUCAAUAUAAUAAUUUUAACUUCAGUACACGCUAUUGGUAAUAACCAAAUUCCUUAUGAAAUUAGCCAUGUAACUGCUUUGGAAAAAAGAGAGUUUCAGGUUUGUAUAAGCGUGAAAUUUCCUAAUCGUUUAAUAAGGGCGAGGUUGGAGACAAGUGCGAUAGAUCAUUUAAGUAAUGAAACAGAUCGAUUUAUCUGUAAACCGAUUUGGGAUGAUGGUGGCUUUGGGCUUGGUAUCAACAGAUAUGAAGCUGGACCGUGGCAAACACGACUAAAACUAUCCAACCAAAAGAUGAUGAACAAAACAAUAGAUCAAUAUAUAAUAAGUGAAAUCAUUCUAGUCAGAUCCAAGCGUAAUUUAAUUAACCAAUUUAAGCACCAUAUUUUUCAUUUAUUUAUUUAUGCAAAGAACCAAGCAGAACUGUCUGCUCGUCGAACACGAAAUACAAACUAA